GCUGGUUUUUGGGAGGCGCUUGAGUUCAUUUCAACACACCCGCCGCCUGACGCUCCGCUCGACGCCCAGGAAGAGAAACCACACAUCUAUCGCCGCAACUUUAAAUAUGACUAUUCAUUUGUUGUUUUGACGUGUAUUUUAUCGUGUUUACGUUGUUGUAGCGGUACUGAGGAUAAUAAUGCUGGAUGGUUGGACUAAUGAAGUUCAGUUUGGAUUUCUCCCGGUUACUGGGGCUCAGCGGCUCCAGUGAUGAGAGGCCAGAGGAGAUGGACACGGGUGCCCUCCCCGAGCAGAAUGACCACACACUCUCACAGGAUGUCUUAAUUGGUGAGGAGGGUCUCAGUGAGGAAGAGAGGGCCAGACGGAAAGCAGAGAGGCGGAAAGCCAAGAGGAAGCGUCAUCGUCAGCGAAAGAAACUAGAGCGGGGUAAAAAGGAUGAAAGUACUGAACAGGGGGAGGAGAAUGGCGGAGCUGAUUCUGAACUUGACGAGUCUGAGGAGUCUGAGCCAGAGGAGGUGGAAGCUAUAGGCCUUUCAAAGGUGGAAGAGAAGCCAGUUACUCCUUUAGGUAAAAGUUCAUCUGAAGCUCCACUGGCAUCAGGGAACAAAAGCAACCGGCAGCCGACGGCCCGGUCUAGUGAGGAGGACCCGGGGUGGGAUGUGAAUAGUGCUUUUGUUGCCAAUGCCGUCAGUCAUAUUCGACCCAAAGCUAAAAGUAAAGGAGCUCACAAGUCGAAAGAGAACAAGGAAAAUGAAAGCAGACCAGGAGAAGUCAUUGGCUUAUCAGAUGCUAACACUAAAAGAAGUGCCUUACUAGUAGAAAAAGGGAUUCGGUUUGUUCAGGAGGGUCAGUACACGCAAGCUCUUAGUCUGUUUACAGAGGCCAUCACGUGUGACCCGAAAGACUACAGGUUUUUUGGAAAUCGCUCCUACUGCUACUGUUGUCUGGAGCAGUAUCCUCUGGCCCUCGCAGAUGCUGAGAAGUCCAUCCAAUUGGCUCCCAAUUGGCCUAAAGGCUAUUACCGUAGCGGAAGUGCACUAAUGGGACUUAAGAGGUACUGUGAAGCUGAGAAAGCCAUGGAACAGGUGCUAAAUCUGGACCAAGACUGUGAAGAAGCAGUCAAUGACCUCUUGUACUGUAAGGUGCAACAACUUAUGGAGCUUGGAUAUGAUGAGGAACAGAGUAUUCAGUUGCUGGAAAAAUACAACACCGUGCAGGAUGUUGUUGCAGCCAAGGCUUCAAAUCAGGACUGUGCUCUCCUCCAGCCAGGUCCUUGCAAUUCCUUGUGGGUGGGAAACGUGACCACAGAACUGACAGAGAAACAUCUGCGGGACCUCUUCAAAAUCUAUGGAGAAAUUGACAGCAUUCGGGUUCUGCACGAACGUUUCUGUGCGUUUGUUAACUUUAAGAAUGCCAACAUGGCCUCCCGUGCGAUGGAGAAACUCCAUGGACAUUUUAUUGAGAAUACCCGACUAGUGAUUCGAUAUCCAGAUCGACGGAUUCAGAGAGUCCUGCCGUCACCUGCAAUUCAACAACCUGCAGGGGCUGCUGGGCCAAGACGCAGAGGUCCUGUCAACGAAGAUGAGUGUUACUUUUGGAGGACCACCGGCUGUCAUUUUGGAGAUAGGUGUCGCUUUAAGCACAUUCCCGAUCAUCGAGGAAAAGAUUGGCAACCUUGAGUCGACGCCAGCCUCUUUGGGAGAUGACUCCAUGACUGUAGGGACUGUAAACUUCACUUUGAUUAACUGUAGGUCAGGACUAGUAUUGUGGAUCAGAGUCUUACAACAGCUCUCUUGAGGUCAGAGUUCUUCACUGUCAGACUCCGAACCUCACAGGGUUUUAAAGCAGACAGGACUCUUUUGAGGUAAGGUUUGGGUGGUGCAGAGUGCACCGCAUCGCCGCCUGCUGAGGUUUACACGGCCUCUCAUAUCGUAUGCCCUCUUCUCUCUUCCUGUGCCAACACUACCAACCCAAAGAAGAGCCGUAGAUCUGAUCUGACAUUUGAGUUCAUCCCAAGAGAAUGACUUCAGUUCUGUACUUGAGGUCACAAACCCUUAAAAUUUGGAUUGGGAGGAUCAUACCAAAGAAUAAUACUGUGCCAUAUGUGGAUUUUACAUUGAGAAAGAGAAAAGGCAUUCAGGGAAAAAAAGAGUUUAUUUAGUUUGACUUGUGUGUUUAGCUUUGAUUCCACUCAAUCUAGUCAUUCCUUCAGAUUUUUUAAUUGGACUUUUCCAGCAAGUUCUCUCAAGCGCCUCGAAAUGUGAGACAUUUGAGGGCAUAUCAGUAUUGCAAAGGGCUGUGCGCAAUAAUUUGAAGCUUUAAAAGAAAUUAAGUCUCUUGAUAAAUGAUUUUCAGUUCUUCGUUUAGAUUUUUCUAGCUGUCUUGCACUUUACCGUAUCAGAUAGUGAGCUUUAGGCUGUUCCUCGAGUGAAAAACAUGAUGGAUGUUGUUUUUUUUUCCUCCUCACCUAAGAUGAGUGGAUGUUCUUAGGUGGUCAAAAUUUUGUCGCUGAAGGUAUUGAUGAUCUGUGGUCAUCAGUAUUUUAUUUUUUUCAUUGUAUUUUCCAAUGGCAUGCCAAUGCCAUUUAGAUAUUAUUUACAUUUAUCUAUAAAUAUGAACGUGGAAUAAUAGUUUGACACAAAGUGAUCACAAACACCGUUUUCGGUCAUCGAUCAUGUCAUGCUGCUUCUCAAAAUGCAGAAAAUCUUGUGGUUUUCUUAUGCAAGAGUUCCGAGACACAGGGAACUCUUGCUUUGGCACUUUUCAUGCCGUCAGCGCAAAGUUGAUCAUCAUUUCCUCUUUUAUUUAACGUUCUUGCUCUGGGUUUAGUGGAUAAGAAGGACACCUCAUGACAUCUUCUUGUAGAACAGCAUGCACAUUUUUUGUUUAAGUUAUUAUUGGUAUGAUAAUGAGUUCAUCAAGCGGUACUCUCGUUUCAGUGCAUUUGAAAACCAAAGAAACACUAAUGUUAACCUAGUGUACCAAAGACAAACACAUUGCUAUUUUUCAACAUUAAACUAUUUACGCUGUGUCUGUUAAUGUCUUUUCCUCAGUUUUAUGCUGUAGACACACUAGGGCCUUUAGUUUAGUUGGGGUUCUUUUGACUCUAUGUGACAGUCCAGAGUGCAUUGAAAAUAUUUGCUUUCUUAUCAGAUCGGUUGUUUUAGCAUUAAUAUUUAAGCUGAGGUCCUCCAUGAACAAAGGGGAAGUGACUUAUUUGAACAAUUCUUCACUUCCUCAAAGAGCCCUUAAUAGUUCAGUCAUUCAUUCAUCACUCACAUGUAGAAAUUUCUCUCUUUUUGCAGUGAUUGUCAAAUUUCAUUAGAUAUUUCUUCUGUAAUCGUUCACACUUUUGUCACAUUCAUGCUCCGUAUUCUUUUCAAAAUGUAUUUUUACUUUUAUUUAGCACCGCUUUGGGAAAAAGUCAUUAAUAAAUGUAUAGAAACUUUA